GAGGGAUACUUAAUUUUUUCAGGCCGUGAGUAUUUGUCUAUGUAAACUGUUAUAUCUUGGGCGACAUAUAGAAGACGAGCUCGACAUUCCUAGGCACCGAUAGACUGCCCAUGUAAUGUUGUUUAUGCUGGUUUCUUAUAAACCAUAGACAUUCAGAGAGACAGAGGCUUGCCGUUGUCUUGGUGGCCUGGUAUUGUGGGACUAAAGUGAACCCGCGCAAAACAUUAUCUUUUCGUUGCUUGGUAAACAGUAUUGCUCAUUUGCAAUCUUCGAAGGCACGGGAGAAUCGGCAUCAAUCUCAGUACACCAUUAGGCAUUGUGGGUCGUCGUACUCUGGGUAUAGGUGAAUUCAUAAGGUUGGGUUUCUGGUCAAGGUGUUGGUCACGAAGUGGAAGCCUAAGGGGUACAAAAAUUACGGUAAAUGAAAAGGAAACCGCCUUAUACGCCGUCACAAAAAGAGUGUCUUAAAUGCCAAACUGGCAUCUGGCUGGAAUGUGAUUUAGGAAAAAUGUUUACCUUAUCAUAAAAGCCAUGUCAGAUGAGUAUCUAUUCUGUCAAAUUCACAGUGGAACAUCUGAUUUUUAUAAAGUAUUUUCCCGAAGUUCAAAAGUACAGGCCUUAUAUGUAGCUGUAGGUACUUGAUGUUUUCAUUAUAAUGACAGGAGUCGGUAAUCUCUUACCCUUCAAGAAAGCUUAUGCUGUCCUGAUGAAGCCUUUUUGUAAAAUCAGUUUCACUGGUUUUAGUAUUUGCUGAAGUUUUGCUCAGGUGGAAACAUUUCAUACAAUGAUACGAAGAGCUGUGUGAUGUUCCUAGAAUAUAAUUCUCCUCAUACAUCUAUGAUUCAAUUUGAAGUUUUCGGUGAGCUGCUACAAUUUGCACAGGAUCCAAAUUCUAAGCAUUUGGGGACAACAGUCUGGGAUGCAUCGAUGGUAUUUGUCAAGUUUCUGGAGAAGAAUUGUAGAAAAGGACAGUUCAGUCCUUCAAAGAUGAGAGGGAAACGCGUAAUUGAGCUGGGGGCUGGUUGUGGUCUGGCAGGAUUUGGCAUGGCACUACUAGGGUGUGAUGUGGUGGCUACUGAUCAGACAGAAGUGUUGCCACUGCUGAUGAGGAAUGUGGAAAGAAAUGCAAUGAGAAUCAAGCAAGCAAAUUCUGAAAACCCCUAUUCAGUAUCAUUUGGAUCAAUACAAGUUGCAGAAUUGGAUUGGGGAAACGAACUACAUAUAGCAGCUGCUGAUCCUCCUUUUGAUUACAUCAUAGCCACUGAUGUUGUGUAUGCUGAACGCCUCCUGGAACCACUUCUGAAAACUAUUCUGUCUUUGUCUGGGCCCAGGACAACCAUAUUGUUAGGAUAUGAACUUCGCUCUACUAUUGUUCAUGAAAAGAUGAAUGAGCUCUGGAAGGCAAAUUUUGAUGUAAAACGAGUACCAAAAAUGAAGAUGGAUCCCAAGUACCAGCAUUCUAAUAUUGAACUUUUUACAAUGCAAAUUAAGAACGAAAUGGCUUGUAUAUCAACUGUUGCUAAAUCUGGCGAGAGUGUGGCACCUCAGUUAUGCUCUGAAAUUCAGAAUUCCUCGAUAGAGUUUUCAAGUGGCAACUCACAAGAAACACAGGUGCAUGCUUUGUCUUCGAAGGAUGUGGGCUUUAGUUCUAAUGCCUCUUUACAAUUGAAUGAAGAUGAUUAUACAGAAAUAUUGGAUGAUAGUGAUCAUGACCAACUAGCAGAUGAAACUGGAAGAGCCAACUCUAAUUUGUCUGAUGGUGAUUUGAUCUCCAAUUUGAAGAGCUGUGAUACCUGGCAGCUAAGAAGAUAUGGGUCCCUUGCUGCACGCCUUCUUCAGAAUGUUCAAACCCCCUGAUUAUUGGAAAUGGAUGAAAUUCAAUCACAGCAAAUUUGUUGUUAAAAAACAACAAAUUUAUAUGAAGGUAAAUUUUAACAAGAUGUGAUCUUAUGCUGUAGAAGUCCUGUAGAACAAAUCUUUGUGAUACUAUAUUUGUUAGCCAGUGAUAAUUCUGAAAAUCAAUAGCCGUGAAGCAACUUUGAUUACAGAGACACAUCUUAUUGUAAAAGUGAGGUAAUUCAGAAGAAAUGUUUAAAUUGAGGAUACAUGAAAUGGUGGUUCCCAUAUGCUGAGAUUAUAGACCCAAAAUGUUAAAUGAGUUUUUCCAAGAUGCGAAACAGGUUAUCUUGGAGCAUUGUAGCAGAUUGGUAGGCCACUACUUGAAAUUAUUGGGCGUUUAGGUUUGACAAUUUUUAAUUGCACUUUAUUGGGCUUUGACAUUUUCAGGUUCUCUAUGGUGCUUGGAUUGAUAGAAUGAAAUACCAAUAAGUAGAGAACCUAGAUUUUAUAAUCAUGGUGCAUGCAAGGGGUGUACUCUAAUGUGUACGAACACAGUCACCAAUUUUUUUAGAAUUUAAAUUAUUUGUGUAAUAAGAUGAUCGAGAUUUUUAAUGAUUUCUUUGCCCAAUUAUGAUGGUAUUUACAUUUCGUUUUA